AUGGGGCUCGUCGAACUCGUUCUCGACAACCUGGGCACGGUUGCCCUGGGGGUUGUUGGCGUGGGCUUCCUCUAUAUGGUCUGGCGAUGCAUCUACAACAUCUACUUCCACCCGCUCGCCCGCUUCCCGGGCCCCUUCCUGGCCAAGGUCUCGCCCGUGUACAGCAUCUACGGCCUCUUCCGCGGGCGGUGGCCCUUUGACGUGCACCAGCUGCACCUCAAGUACGGGCCGGUGGUCCGGCUCAUGCCCACCGAGCUCUCAUUCAGCACGCCCGGGGGCUGGCGCGACAUCUACGGCCACCGGCAGGGCCACCCGCAGUUCCACAAGGACCCGAUCCACGUCGGCUCGGUGCAGGACCUGCCGGGGAGCACGACGCUGACCAUGGCCAACGACGAGGAGCACAGCCGCCAGCGCCGCACCCUGAGCCACGCCUUCAGCCAGAAGGCGCUGCUCGAGCAGGAGACCAUCAUCCGCGGCUACGUCGACCUCAUGGUCACCAAGCUGACUGCGUUUGCCGACAACCAGAAGCCCGUCAACAUGUGCGACUGGUUCAACUUCACCACGUUCGACAUCAUCGGCGACAUGGCGUUCGGCCGGCCCUUUGGGUGCCUGAGGGACGGCGUGUGGCACGACUGGGUCUCGCUCAUCACGCAGACCAUCAAGGCCGGCGCCUUCGAGCAGGCGACCCGCCGCAUGUUCCAGACAAACAGCUUCCUGCAGCGCCAGCUCGUCAAGCUCAUCCCGGCCGACCUGCGCCGGAAGCGGUUCCAGCAUCUCGAGCUGAGCAGGGAGAAGUGCAUGCAACGCAUCGACGAGGGUCUCACGCGCGAGCACAACGACUUUCUGUACUACAUCCUCCGCGCCAACGAAAAGGGCGGCGUCCGGCAGAACGAAAUCAUCCUCAACAGCGCCCUGUUCAUCGUCGCCGGCUCCGAGACCACAGCAUCCCUCCUAUCCGGCCUGCUCAUGUGGCUCCUCCGCACCCCGCACGCAUACCAGCGCCUGACGCAAGAGAUCCGCUCCUCAUUCCCCAACUCCGCGCAGAACAUGAAGUUCACCGAGCUCGCCGAGCUGCCCUACAUGAACGCAUGCAUCGACGAGGCCCUGCGCAUCUUCCCGCCCGUGCCCACGGGACUGACCCGCACUGUUCCCCAGGGCGGGGACACGGUCGACGGGGAGUGGCUACCGGGGGGGAUCACGGUCUCCGUGUACGCCUGGUCGGCGACGCACUCGCCCCGCAACUUCCACCGGCCCGACGAGUUCAUCCCGGAGCGCUGGAUGUCUGACGAGGAAGCCUGUGGGCCGGAGUUCGCCAACGACCAAAAGGACGCCAGUCAGCCUUUCAGCCUGGGCCCCAGGGGAUGCAUCGGCAAGCACCUCAGCUAUCUCGAGCUGAGGCUCAUCCUGGCGCACCUGCUGUGGCACUUUGACCUCGAGCGCUCGGAUAUCGACAUGCCCGUGAGCGAGAACACAAAGUUUGACGUCUGGGACCCCAGCGGCGACUGCAGGCACGUCAAGGCGUUCAACACCUGGAACAAGCCGCCUCUGAUGUGCAGGCUGACGCACGUCAAGCGGUGAGAAUGGAAAGAUAUUCAGAGAGGGGGCGGGAGAGAAAGCGGCGGCGUGGAGGAAGGAAAUGGUAGUUUGUCAAAGAUUAAAACGGGUCGGUCUUGUAUAUAUUCUUCAAUGGCAAACGAGCUAUGGCUCUCCAGUUCUUGUCAGAUG